UAAAUGCAUUACCAGAUCUUGAUCCAGAAGCAGCGGCAUUUCUAGAUUUUUUUUUGGGAAGAGAAUUACUAGAGCUAGAUGCAGCAGCGGCAUUAUUAGAUUUUUUUGGAGGGGCAGGAGAAUUACCAAGCAAUUUUACAGGGGAAUUUCUUGGCGUUGGGAAAUUUUUAGGCGUUGGGGAAUUUCUAGGCGUUGGGGAAUUACCAGGCGUUGGGGAAUUACCAGGUGUUGGGAAUUACCAGGCGAAGGGGAAUUACCAAGCAAUGGGAAAUUAA